CUUGAGAAAAGCCUAAAAGCAACUUGUGAGGAGUUCAUUAUGUCAGUCACUAAGCUAGUUUGUGGAUCCUAUGCUUUCAUUUGUUACCAAGGUGACAGCUGUGAAAUUUGCACUAUCCUCGGGCAUUCAGAAUCAAAAGCUAGAGUCGGUUAUGGCCAAACCACUUAAGGAUCAAGCUUUUGCUUCUCCAGAUAAGGUGGCUGAACUUGUUCAGAAGGUAAGCGCUGCUAUACAGCAAGAGUUGCCGCCAGUUAUGGCAAAGAUGAAGCUUUAUCUGCAGAACCCAUCAACCCGAACAAUACUUUUCAAACCAAUAAAGACAAACAUCGUGGAAGCCCAUGUACAGGUACAAUCCAUGUUAAAAGCAGAAUACUCCCCUGAGGAGAUACAAAACAUCAUCAAUAUGGUGUCUAUACAGGAUCUGCAAGCACAACUUUGUAAUCUCCUGUAA